UUGACGUACGCAUUGAGCAGCGGCGGCUUUUGUAGUAAGUAGUAAAACGUUGACAAGUGAGACGGCAAUCAUUUCACUCAAGACAGGGUCAACUUCGCUUCGGGAACGGUAUCGCACGUUUCCCCUCUUACUUUAACCCUGAACAACACACACACUGUAAAAAAGUAUUUAUUUUUCUCUUCUUAACAUUUUAAACAUUACUUAUAAUACCAUCUCAAAGAAUGGAUGUAUUAUUUAGAGUCGUACGCCGAAGCCCUACCGUCUUCAGUUCCUUUAAAAGACAUCACAAAUUACAUGAUAAAUGGGGUGAAAAUCUAGAUACUGUGAAUGAUGGAUUGACAUUCUACCUAAAAUAUCUAGGCUCCACUUUAGUAGAAGAAAUUUCUGAAGGAGAAAGUUAUGGUGAUGGAAUCAGUACGAAAGCAAUUCAACGAGUUAUUGCCAUGGAAAAAAAUUCCGGCAAGAAAUGGAGAAAAGUGGCCUUGAAUGUAUCUUCACAAGGCAUUAAAAUGUAUGAUAUGGUUACCAAAGAAAUGUUGUUGGAUGUUUGUAUAUACAGGAUAUCUUUCUGUACAGCUGACAGACAUCACGAAAGAGUGUUUGCAUUUAUUGCUCGCAAUACAAUCAAUGAAACUAUGGAAUGUUAUGUCUACGUCUGCCCGAAAAGGAAAAUUGCUCAUGAUGUAACGUUAACGGUAUCACAAUCAUUUAGUAUUGCGGAAUAUCUUGAAUUAGAAGAAGAACAAGAAGAACGACGGAAAGCAGAAAAAGAAGACAAUAGAAUUUAUGCUAGUGACCUUAUAGAAAUUCCUGAGGAUGACUUGAUGCCUUCUUACCGACGUAAACUCUCUGAUUCUGUUACAAGUAGUGAUGCUUCCACGCCUAUGAACUUAUCCCCACCCUCUAAUUCACCCUGUAUUAACCUGCAAGAUUUUGAUGAAGAAGAGGAUAAUCUAGACGACUGUUUCUCAAGGCUUGCAGAAUACCGAAGUAGGUUAAGGCCAACUCCUUUUACUACAGACUUUAUUAAAGCUGAUAUUGAAACUGAUGUUGGACACUACCUAAAAAAUAAUAACCGUUGUUUUGAAGACUAUGUUUGCCCCAAAACUGUGGAGGAUUUAUUGUUAUUAUGAAGUUGAAUUUAAUUUUAAGACUGAAAACAAAUUAUAAUUGUGAGUGCAUAUAUAUAAAUAUAUAUAUAUAUAUAUAUGUCACAUAUACAAACCAAAAGACUUCUUUAAUUAACUGAACU